CCGCCGCCGCCGCCGCCGCCUGGGCCGGAGGACGCGGCUGCUCCUCUCGCCUGCCAGGCCCGACGCCGCGCCGCCCGCCCCCUGCGGCCUGAGCUGCUGCAGCUGCUGGCCGCCGGAGGGGGCGAAGAAAACGUCAACCUGUUUGUGCCGUCCCCAUUUAUCAACUCUCAGCACCACAAGGAAGUGCGGCACCCACACGCGCUCAGAAAGUUCAGCAUGCAGGAAGUUUGGGGAGAGCUCGGCGAUUAGCACAGCGGCCCGGGCCAUCGCUGGGCGAGCGCAGGCGGCGGGAGCGCGGCGGUCCUGCGAGCGGAACCCGGCUUUUUCUUGGAGCGACACUGACCCUGGGUCUCGCUGAUCCCAAUGCACCGGCUCAUCCUCGUCUACACUCUAGUCUGCGCAAACUUUUGCAGCUUUCGGGACACUUUUGCAACUCUGCAGAGGGUAUCCAUCAGAGAUUUGCGCAACGCCAACCUCAGGAGAGAUGAGAGCAAUCACCUCACAGACUUGUACCGAAGAGACGAGACCAUCCAGGUGACGGGCAAUGGCCACAUCCAGAGUCCUCGCUUCCCGAACAGUUACCCCAGGAACCUGCUUUUCACAUGGAGGCUCCAUUCUCAAGAGAAAACAAGGAUACAACUGGCGUUUGACAAUCAGUUCGGAUUGGAGGAAGCAGAAAAUGAUAUCUGUAGGUAUGAUUUUGUGGAAGUUGAAGAUAUAUCUGAAACCAGUACUGUUAUUAGAGGACGAUGGUGUGGACAUAAGGAAGUUCCUCCAAGGAUAACAUCAAGAACAAACCAAAUUAAAAUUACAUUCAAGUCUGAUGACUACUUUGUGGCUAAACCUGGAUUCAAGAUUUAUUAUUCUUUUGUGGAAGAUUUCCAACCCGCAGCAGCCUUGGAGACCAACUGGGAGUCGGUCACAAGCUCUAUCUCAGGGGUCUCCUAUCACUCUCCAUCAGUAACGGAUCCCACUCUCACUGCGGAUGCUCUGGACAAAACAAUUGCAGAAUUUGAUACUGUGGAAGAUCUGCUCAAGCACUUUAAUCCAGAAUCAUGGCAAGAAGAUCUUGAGAAUCUAUAUGUGGACACGCCUCAUUAUCGAGGCAGGUCUUACCAUGACAGGAAAUCGAAAGUUGACCUGGACAGGCUCAACGAUGACGCCAAGCGUUACAGUUGCACUCCCAGGAAUUACUCGGUCAAUUUAAGAGAGGAGUUGAAGCUGACCAACGUGGUCUUCUUUCCGCGUUGCCUCCUCGUGCAGCGCUGUGGAGGGAACUGUGGCUGCGGAACUGUCAACUGGAAGCCCUGCACGUGCAGUUCAGGCAAAACUGUGAAGAAGUACCACGAGGUAUUAAAGUUUGAGCCUGGCCAUUUCAAGAGGAGGGGCAGAGCUAAGACCAUGGCUCUCGUUGACAUCCAGCUGGAUCACCAUGAGCGGUGCGAUUGCAUCUGCAGUUCAAGACCACCUCGAUAAAAGAAUGCGCAUGUACUUAAUGUUUAGCAUGAGAACCUUUAGUUUAAGGAGGGUGUGGUAAGAGAACCUUUUCCCACUAGCAACCAAACUUACUACUAGUCUGCAAUGCAAUCAGUCACAAGUGGUUGCUGAGUUUCAACCUAGCUUUGUUAGUGCUACGGCAAGUACCAAAGCAUAUCAUCAACUUCUAUACUCAAGAAUAAGGGAUCACAUUUACUAAUAGUGUCUGAGGACACUAUAUAUAUAUAUAUAUAUAUAUAUGUCUGUGCCUAUGUGUAAAUAGAUAAAUCAAAUGGUUUAUAUAACCAGGUACACAGGAGCUUACAUAUAGUUAUUUAGAUCCUUAAAAUCCUUUGACAAAAUAAGAGAUGUGUUAAAUACAUGAAAUGUGCCUUCAGAAAAUUCCAAAGAUGAACUUAAUUUGUUAAAUUUUAAAAUUUUGAAUUACAAAACAAUUUUGGAUCUUGCUCUCUUAAAGAAAGCAGUUUGUAUAUUAAAACCAAAAGAUGAGCUUUUCUUAUGUAUGUAUAUCAUAAAAAGAGGAGAAAUCUGGUUUCUAGGAAACAGCCAAAUGCCUAACCAUUUUUCCAUGAGAUGCACUACGCACUUACUUAUGUAAGCAAUAAUUACCUGUCUCCUACACCAUGCCAUAAUACAGGUGCUUUAGAAAUUGCCAUUAAUUCCUCUUUUUAUGCGUUUUGCUGAGACAUGCUAAUUCGUUUAAUACUUGUCUCAACAAAAUUGCUCAGAGGUUUAUUAUUAUAAUCCCACAAGAGGCAAUUUAUAAGCUGUAGUAGAAUUUUGAAUUUUUUUUUUCCAAAAGCCCCUCCUCAAAAACAAAUCCCUUUAAGAGUGGCUUGGAAACUCUGCGUGAGCCUUACAAAACAGUGUUAAUUGGAAGGUUGGGGCAGUGAAAAGUAAAAAACAAAACAAAAAAAUGUUGAAGUGUUAACGUAACUGGAAAUUAGAUGGAAUGUUUGAUAGACUCCUUAUUUAAUUAUGGGUUCAAGCACACCAAACUGUGCUGAUUCUUUUUAUGUAUCUUGCUUUUGUUGUUGCUGUCUCUUCAAUUUAUGGACAUGGAUUUACGAUGGCAUGUUAUACUUGGCCAGCCACCAUGGAUUAUUUAUAGCCUAAAAACUUUUGUGUGAUAAUAAAACAACCAAAUUUUAUUGAUGUAAAUCCUUAAUCAUAUUCUCACUCCCCAUUCUGAAUUCCUGUUUCUGAAUGAAAUGAAAUCAGAUCCGGGGUCUCUGGUUUAAAUCUGUGGAGCUUCGUCUAAGAAGCCACAGUGUAAAUCUUGGGAGCACAAGUUCAGCCCUGCUGCACUAUUAGAAAAUGGUUUUUUGUUUGUUUGCAUGUUUGUUUUUUGCAUUGGUUGUUAUUGCUAUUCCUAGUAAUUUUUCCUCCCUGGCUCCCUAAUUUCUGUUUUAAAGAACAGUGACUCCAGGGUUUGGAAGUGAUUCAUCAUUCUGCAAAGAAAGAUUCUUAAGAGAGCAACAGUGAAAUUGAGCUAAUUCAGGGGCUGCUAAAGAGAAUUAACAUUUUUCUUCCUGCCUUGAAAGAAGAAAGGACAGCCAAUUUCUUCCCUGGGUCUAGGACCCUACUGACUCCCAUCAGACUGGGUGAGGGGUGUGUGACAGGGGCUCAUUGAGUCCCUUUGUCAGAUGAGUAGCCGACAUAUACUUGGCUUUCCAAGCCUGGCACUCUCAAGUACAGAGGUCUCAACUAUCCUUAGUAACCCAUUUCUUCUCAGCUCUUUGAGAUGAAAGACCAAUGCUUAUUGAAGAUGUCCUUCUCAAGCAUCCCUAAAAGUGUCCAGUGUUUUUUUACCUCAGGCAGUGAGUGGUAAAAUUAUAUCCUCUAUCCUUCAGUUCUCCAAAAUCCCAGAGCAAAUCAGAAACAGCCCAAGUAGACAUUCUGAUAAUCAGGCACCAUUGUCCCCCUUCAUGGCCACCUGGAAAUUUCAGCUUCCUGUACCACCAUCAAAGUGUGUGUUCCAUCACUCUAGCUUGUACAGCUCACAUCAUGGCUGCAAAUAUGAAAAAUUAGAGUGUUCUACCCAAUUUUCAAUAAACCUUCCAGGCUGCAAUAACCAGGAUGGUUUUCAGUUAAAGCCCUAUCUGUACUUUUUAUUUAUUGGCUGAAAUGUAAGCAGGCAUAUUCACUCACUUUUCUUUCUCUUUCCUGAGUGUUUCAUUAAAACUUCUCCCUUGGUUGUUUGUUAUCUAUUGUACUUCCAACAUGUAACUAAUAAAUCUGUUUCAUUGCCAUCAAAAGAAUUAAAAAGCUUGCCAUACAAAUUACAUUUCAGAACAAACCCUAAUCCACAUUUUGCAUGGCUCACUCACCUGGAAUAAUGUCUUUCAUUCAAUAUGUUCUUAUAGGGCAGAACUCUUUCCUAAGUAGAAUUUUUUUAUUUUUAUUUCUUUUUUGUCGUAGCGGUAACAUGCAGCUUUUUUCUCCUGUAACAUUUUCUAUAGCAGAUGUAAUAUGCCUCUUAUCUUGAUGAAAAAUAAAUAUUGCU